CAUUACCAGUGUCUGUAAUUAUUCAUUUAUUUUUUAAAUAAAAUAAAUUUUCGAGAUGUCUUCAUCAAAAGUAUUGUGUUGUAUUCGCGGCUGUUCAAAUAUGCCGUAUAAAAAUGAUACACAGGUGGCUAAUUCCCUUAUUAAGCGAUGUGCGAGGCAUAAUGCUACCAUCGAAAAUGAUACAACAUUUAAGUAGACAUGUUAAUGACGCUAUGAGAAAAUAUGAUCAAAAAGAAUUGGCCAUACUCAAUAACGGAACUCAAUUAACUAAAGGAUCCUCUCCCUGGUUUCUAAGUUUGUCUCAUGAAAUUUCUGACGCCGCAAAAAAUCUUUCGAAGCAAGCACUGAGGAGAGAAACAAUGGCAAUUAUGUUGGUUCAAGCAUUUCGAAUGUCUCCAAAAGAUGCAGUUACAUUAUUACCAACAAUGACAGUAGGAUCUAAUAUCUGCAGUGACAUUAAUGCUUUUAGAAAUAUUAUUAUAGAAUGUAAAAAUACCAACCUCAGAUAUAGAACUUAUUCCGGUAGAUGUAAUAAUUUAUUACAUCCAUCUUGGGGAGCAGCUUUAGAAAGUUAUACGCGAAUCUUACCACCAGAAUAUCAAGAUGGUGUGUCAUUACCACGAUUAUACGAACCAAGUGCACGCGAGGUAUCAAUUAAUGUUUUUCCUAAUGGUAUUGACAUUAAACAUCCAUAUUUGAUGGUGAUAACUACACUAUUUGGUCAAUUUAUUGCCAAUGACUUGGCUCAUACACCUAAAAUGGUAUUACCAGACGGUAAUAAAUUUAAAUGCUGCAAUGUAGAUUAUGACAAUUUCCAUCCCGAGUGUUUUCCUAUUAAAACGGAAAAUUAUUCAGGUUGUAUGGAAUAUACACGAUCUGCACCACAUCCUGGCAAUACAUAUCAGGGUUGCAAAUUAGGAUCAAGACAACAAAUAAAUCAAGCAUCAUCAUUUUUAGACUUAUCUACAAUAUAUGGAAAUUCUGAAUACGUUACACACAGUUUACGUGCCAACAGAAGUGGUCUUCUUAAUACUCAAAAAAAAAAUUUACCGAUACCAUUAAAAAAUAUGGAUGAUUGUCGAAAUGAUGAAAAAGCUCUACCAUGUUUUUCCAGUGGAGAUUUACGAAUUAAUGAGAAUCCUGGUAUUACUUUAAUGUAUGUUCUAUUUUUACGUGAACACAAUAGAAUCGCCGAACGAUUGAGUGUAUUGAACCCACACUGGAAUGAUGAAACGCUGUUUCAAGAAUCACGGAGAAUUGUUAUUGCUGAGAUGCAGCAUAUUACCUACAACGAAUUUCUGCCAGUUAUCAUUGGUGAAAGUAAUCUUCAUAGAUAUAAUUUGCGGUCGACUAAGUCUGGCGCCUCUACCUUUUAUGACCCAAGAAUUGAUCCAACAUUACCGAAUGCUGUUGCGUCUGCCGGACUUUUCUUUUUUACUGCUCUAACAUUAAAAAUAUCUGACACCAUGGAGUCUCGUUUGACUGCUAAAUCAAGCGAUAGAUCUACGUUUUCGACGUUUUAUGCUCAUCAAGGCUUACAUGAAAUCGGGGCUAUCAGUCGGUUAAUAACUAGUGCCACCGUUGGCCAUCUGAAGGAGCCAUUAAGAUUAAAUGAAAUAUUAUCAAAAAGGUACUUUUUAUACGAUGAAAAAACUAAUCAAGUUAUUAUAGAUUACGUAGCUCAAGUAAUCCAACAGGGAAGAGAUCAUGGUUUACCACCGUAUAUUAGAUGGCGACCAUUUUGUAACCUCGCUGGAGUUGAAGCUUUUACCGAUCUUCGAAGUACAAUGAGUAAAGAUAGCAUUAAACGACUUCAACAUGUUUAUAGAAACGUGGGUGACAUUGAUUUAAUAACAGGCGCCCUAUUGGAAUUACCUAUUAAGGACGCAGUGAUGGGACCUACGUUUCAUUGUUUAAUCAGCUUUGCCUUUAGGAAUAUUCGUUUGGGUGAUAGAUACUGGUACGAGAAUACUAAAACACCAGGUGCUUUUACAAUUAAACAAUUGGAUGAAAUUCAUAAAUCUACAUUAGCUAAAUUAUUAUGUAACAAUGGAGACUCAUUAAAACAUGUACAACCUAAAGCAUUUCUUCUCGAGGAUCCUUUUCUUAAUCAAGUCACAGAUUGCUCAGUCUAUAUAAAACAGAGCAUAGAUCUUACAGCCUGGAAAGAACAACAUAAUUGAAUUAUUGACCCCAGACUUUUUGAAAAGUUUGUAAUGGUGUGUAAAAUGGAAUAAUAAUUCCAGAAUUUUAUUCGCUCCGUGCGCGACAGCAGGUCCACGUAAUGAAUAAAGUGGAGGGGUAUAUUGAAGUACGUUCAACAUAUAAUUUAAUAG